AUGCCGAACCGAUUGCCGAUGUCGAAAAUCCGAUGUGGGCUGACCGGGCACGGUGGCGAAUCCGCGGCACUAUUCCCACGGCCACCACCACCCUCGUCGUCGACGGUGCGCGUACGACGGAAGAAUCUCGCGGCCCUGCCGAGCAUCGGUGAAAAGUUGAGCGCCAUAUUCGGUGUCCAGCUACAAGAAGUGGCCGAUGAUGAACAGCAGCAGCAGCAAUCGCAGUCACCGUUUGCUACGUUUCUGCUGGUGGACGAAAGUUCUGGUUGUCAGGUGGCUGCGGUCGCUGCGGGCGGUAGCGUGGCAACGGGUAGCAGCAGCAGCAGCAACAGCAACGGUGACCUAAUCACUCACGUACAGCAAUUCAUCGACUCGCUGUGCACGAACGAGGCAGAAGACUCGAGCUAUGACAGUGACUGCGAGGCCGAGGACCUGUCCCACGAGCAGGUGUCCCGCACGACCAGCGACACGCUGGGCCAGGAGUUUGCCGAAUACGUGAGCCUCGGCAGCCAUCAUCACUAUCAGCCGCAGCAGCAGCAGCAUGGUGGUCACGGGGACAUCUUGGAGGCCGAACACUCGCCCGGGUACCAGCAGCGGGUCGAGUUCGCCCUGAAGCUCGGCUACACCGAGCGGUUGGUGCAGGCCGCCCUCCAGCGGCUCGGCCCGAACCCGGCCCAGAACGAACUGUUGGCCGAACUGAUCAAGCUCGGUUCGCAGCCCGGAGCGAAGGGUGGUAACGAGUUCACCAUCGACAUCGGCCACCACCACGGGGCCGGCGAUGCUGUCGGUCGCGGUGCGGCGGUAGACCGCCCUGCCGUGGACCACCCGGUGGUGGGCUCGAUCGAUGGCGCUGGCGGUGGUGGUGAGGAAUCGUUACGCUCGAUCGUGAUCGACGGGAGUAACGUGGCGAUGAGCCACGGCAACAAGGAAGUGUUUUCCUGCCGCGGCAUCCGGCUGUGCGUGGACUGGUUCAAGAACCGGGGCCACAAAGAGAUCACGGUGUUUGUGCCCAAGUGGCGCAAGGAGAGCUCCCGCCCGGACAACCCGGUCAAGGAUGGCGAGAUACUGAGCGAGCUGGAAAAGGAGCGGAUGCUUGUCUUCACGCCCUCCCGGCUCGUUGGUGGCAAGCGGAUGGUCUGCUACGACGAUCGCUACAUCCUGAAGCUGGCGGCCGAGAAUGACGGAAUCGUCGUUUCGAACGACAACUACCGGGAUCUGGUGCAGGAGAGUUCCGAGUUCAAGAAGGUCGUCGAAGAGCGCGUCCUCAUGUACUCGUUCGUGAACGAUCGCUUCAUGCCACCGGACGAUCCACUCGGUCGGUCCGGGCCAACGUUGGACAACUUUCUGCGGAUGCAGCCACGCAAGGGCGAUCCGCCGCCACCGUGUCCGUACGGCAAGAAGUGCACCUAUGGCAAUAAGUGCAAGUUCUACCACCCGGAGCGGGGCAGUUUGCCGCACAAAUCGGUCACCGAGCGCCUGUCGGAGUACGCGGCCCGCCACCUGCAGGCGCGCUCGAGUGGGCUCGAUGGCGGCAGCGGUGGCCGCAGUGCGGUCCAAGGCAAAUCACUGAGCGUUCCGCUCAGCAACAGCAGCAGCGAGACGAGUCCGAUCAACGAGAAGCGGAAAGCACUGUGUCGCACCAGAUCGAACGUACCGCCGGUCGACAGUAGCAACACGUACGGGCCAGGGCUGCCGCCGGAUCACCUGCCACCCCAUGCGGUGCAUCAUCCGGGCGCUCAGCAACAGUUGCCUUUCCUCGCACCGCCGCCCCUGCCAGUGGCCAGUAACCGGCCGUGGGAUCUUUCGCCACCGCAGCACCACCCGCCACCCCAGGACGUGCAGCAGAUAUUCCCCAAAUCUCAUAGCAUAGAAAAUAUUUCUAAGGAACCGACGUACGGUGGCCUGCAUCCGGCGAUGCUACAUUCCACCGCCGGGUGCUAUGGCGCGGCGGCAGCGGCGCAAAUGUGGUCCCGUCAGCAGCAGCAACAACCGCAGCAGCAACCGCCAGGAGAUGGGCUCGAUCCAAGCGCCGGUCUGGUCGAUAGCGUCAAUCUGCACCGCAAACUGCAGCGUCAACUGACGCUCAAUCCGGCCGGAUGCGAUCCGCGGAUCUAUCAGAUGCAAAGGCUGCAGCAGCAGCAGCAGUCGCAACAGGCCCAGCACCAUUCCGCCGCCGCCGCCGUUCAACUGUCACCGCACAGGCCACUGGCUCCGUCGCUGAGUGGUGGCACGCGGCCAUCGCCUCCGUCGCAGUGGGAACCGCACCAGCACGUGACACGCAUCGCGUCGGCCCCGGACACGGUCCGCCCGUGGCACAAUGGGCCCCAACCGCCAGCGUCGUCCUCCGAACCGCAUAUCAAUCUCGGCAGUCACACACGGCAGCAGCAGCAGCAGCAGCAGCAGCAGCAGCAGCAGCAGCAGCAGCAGCAGCAGCAGCAGCAGCAGCAGCAGCAGCAGCAGCAGCAGCAAGACCAGCGGCGCCGUUUGCACUACCACCUGGCCAGUAUCUUCCCCGAGGAGCAGGUGCAAACCGUCAUGCAGAUGUACCCGGACGAAACGAACCCGCAGAACAUCUGUGGCGCCAUCUUGGCCAUGUUCCCCAAGAUGUAGUGCGUGCGUGGCGGUCGGGUGGCCGAUGGAAUACUCAAACACACUCCACACACACACAGAAACACACCUAGUGUUAAGGCCACUGAUGGUCCACUUUUUCCCCGCUUCCUUUCUGCGCGAAAGAGCGAGCGAGAGAGAAAUAUUUAUCGGUAGCUAUGGUUACUGUGCGAAAGCACGCACGCACGCACGAUGAUGGACGAGGACGUGUACGCCUUAUUAUGUUAUUACUUUAAACGCAGUAAUUAUAUUAGUAAUUUUAUUCUACUUUAAAUCUGACGGCGACCAUGCGGAUCACACGGCAACGGCAACGGCCACAGUAAGCGAAAAAUCUCACCAACGACGUAUGGACGUGUAUUUUAAUUUUUAAAUCGUGCGUGUGUGUGUGUGUUUGUGCGCGCCGCAUGCAUAGCAACGGCGCGGCGCGGCGCGUCUUCCAUCAACUCACAGUCUCAGUAGACUCAGUAUGCAAGAAUGUGCGCGACAGCGAAGGAUGUCGCGGCGCGGCGCGGCGCUAGUGUGCUGCUCCGUAUCCGGCACUCCAACUUAGUGUGCCUGUAGAAAACAAAGGCAAAAUUAGGGCCUUCCUUCGCUUCCCAUCGUAACAUACGUACAGAGAGUAUUGUAUCGCUCUUUCUCUCUCUGUCUCUCCUUUUAUGAUACUCCACGAGCAGCAGGAAAACGAACAAAAACGAAAACUGUACUACUACUUAAUACUACUACUACUACUACUACUAUUACUAUUUGUGCUUCUACUACUACUACUUACCAACCCCCUAUUGCGGAUUACUAGACGAGACAAGUAGAGACAUUCAAAUAGUGUGUAGUGAGUCGAGUGAACCGGUUCGGUUACCGGUUUGGAUUUUACCUGUUACUAUGAUGGCGUCGUCGUGUUGUGGAGAUGAUCAACUUGCGAAAUGCGCUGGUGGCUGCAAUACUAUUGUGUCUGUAAGAUGGCAGGGGGAGGCAGGAAAAGCGUUAAACAAAAAACCUUAGGACAAAUGGUAGAGACGAGUCGGGCAGUGCUUAAUAAGGGGGAGUAAGCGAGAGAGAGAGAGCAUCAAAGAUGCGUGGCGAAGUCUCUCGGAUACGGAUGCGCCCGGUUUCGGACGACUAGUUCUUCACUUCAUAUUGGAGUAUGGUUUCGUGUAGCUAUGAAUGAUAGGGAGGAAAAAAAACAGUGAGAAUGUAGGAAAACGUAGCACCUUUUGAAACUCGCCUCUUUUUUUUCUUUCGCCGCCAGGCACAAGUAUUCACCGGCAGGGUGUUACCUUUUGCUUCGGUUUACCUCCAGUGCGUUGUUUUUGUUCAUAUGUUAUUCCUCUGGUCAUCCCCCACGCCAUCCGAAAGCGUAGCGGCUUGGGAGGCGCACACUUUUAGCACACUCGAAUAUGGAGAGCAGCUGCAUUCUGACGACUCGAGAUGCGAUGGGCAGCAACAAACCACACACACAAAGUUAAACAGACAGUUUGCAGACAGCGGAACAGGUGGCCGCGCGUGUACACAGCAAGCGCACAACUACUUAAUGUGUAAUGAGUAACAAAAGUAUAGUUAACAAUUGCGACCCGUGCGACUUGUUGCUGAUGGCUAUAUAGGAAGAAUAUAAAACACACACAAAGUGGGACUUAUGACGGGGGCCGCGAACUGGA